AUGGCUGAUUAUACGUCAUGGAAGGUCACGGACCUGAAGGCAGAGCUCAAGAAACGCGGGAUUCCCCAAACUGGCCUCCGUCUAAAACAGCAAUUCAUCGACAAGCUCACGGAGGAAGACGCCAAGUCGCAAUCAGAUGGAGCUCCCCCCGAAGCAGCAGCUCCUGAGAAGGAAUUAUCGCAUGAAACGGCUGUCGAACCUGUUCCUCAAGUAACUGAAUCACCAUCAGAAUCGCAGCAACCCGUGGAAAGUGAAACAAAGGUGUCAGAAAAACAAGAACUCUCACAACCAGAAGUGGCAUCGAAAGGGAGCUCUGAGGAAGUACAAGAUAGAAAAGAUACAGUUGACAGUGCCAAGGAGAAUGUCCCAGGAGAAUCAGAGGAGCUCAAAGCUGAAACAAAUGCUUCGUUGGAGGAGUCAACCGAGACCACAGCAGAGCCUGCUGAGAAAACUCCUGGAGACGCCGAGCCUGCGGCGGUUGAAAUUUCACAGAGUGCAGAUAUCGCUGUACCCUCGGCGCUUCAGACAUCUGAAGCGAAUACUGAGUUGUCAACCCCCCUGCCUAUCGAAGAGGCUUUGGAAGAUAAGCGGAAGCGAAAACGCCGCAGCCAGAGUCCCGUACCAACCCCAGAGGCAAUUGCGAAUAAGAGAGCGCGUGCGAAGGAGGAGAACGCGAAGGACAUGGUGAAGGAUGAUCAGCCUGUGAUUCAUGAAGAGACCCAAAUGGAGACCGCCCGGGAGGAACAGGAGACACCAGGAGCCCAAAUGGCAGAGGCUUCGGCUCCAGUGCCAGCAAAACAAGAUGCUCGCUUCCGGGGACUCUUCGCUGUCGAGCCGGCUCCUCCCAUCGCAUCUUCGUCAACCCAAGAUGUUGUAAUGGAAGAUGCGGAUGUCACACCUGCUCUCCAUGCUGCAACUGCGGCACUCUACAUCAAUGGCCUGAUGCGCCCCUUUCAACCAACUGCGCUUCGCAAUCACCUCAUCAAUCUUGCAGCCGCCCCUGGGGAACCUUCAAAUCCAGAGGUCAUCCAGGAAUUCUAUCUCGAUGCUAUCAAAACGCAUUGCUUUGUGCGCUUCGGUGAUACCGCCGCUGCGGCACGGGUUCGGUCGGCUCUUCAUGGAACCGUUUGGCCGAACGAGAGCAAUCGAAAAAGUCUCUGGGCCGACUUCAUCCCCGACGAACAGAUUCAAGAAUGGAUUAGCACGGAAGAAGCAGCCCGGAAUCGACCCGGACCUCCCGUUCGUUGGGAAGUGCGAUAUGAAUCCACCGAGGAUGGAACUACUGCCAUUCUAGAAGAGAGCGGUCCUGGCUCUCGAUCAGCUCCAUCACGGCCACGCGAGUCUGGGUUCACCCGGACGCCGCCAUUGGGUCCGCGUGGCAGUGUCGCCCAAGCGGAGCAUCGCCCAUCCAACGCCCCACCCGCUCCUCCGUCGCGUCCCGGGCAGGGCUUCAAGCCUCUUGAUGACCUAUUUAAGUCCACCACGACUAAACCCAAGCUGUAUUACUUGCCGGUUCCUCGCGCGGUGGCGGACAAACGGUUGGACCAAUUUGACGAUCUCUUGAACAAGGGCCCCUUUCCCCGCCGUGGCGGUGAUGAGAUGCGCCGGAUUACCUUCGAAGAUGAGGACUUUUUCGUGGAUGUUGGCCCGGAGUACGGCCCCCGAGCUCUCCAACGGCGCCAGGGGCGCGGUGGACGGCCUGGAGGUCCCCAUCGCCGAUAA